AUUCGAAUUGCCGCUUUCUCAUUGACUUCCAUCUGUCCGGCUCACCACUGGAGAUAUCUGCCCUUUUUAGUGUUCAGGCUGCCGUUGAAUUUGCUUGGACUUGAAGAAGAGCCCGACACUUGUUUUAUCAUCGAAAAUGGCAGUCAAUCCUUCCUGGGAUCCCUUACGGUCCCCGUACGCCCCCUUUCUCGAUACCAACUAUGCUGCAUCUCCUUCGGAACGAUUGGGAUUACAGGCUUUCCUAGCGGAACCCGAGCAGGAACUGUCCCAUCUAGACAGCGAGAUCUUUCGUACCGAGGCUCUUCUGGAUGAACUUCGCGCUCAGCGUGUCCAAGUGAAGACCUUCGUGUACGCUCAUCGUGCGCUCAUGGCUCCGCUUCGUAGGUUGCCCGCAGAGACGCUCGCAGAGAUCUUUGUGCACUGUCUCCCUACAGAUAGAUAUCCGUGGCGCACACUGAAGGAGGCGCCUCUUCUCUUGACUAUGGUUUGCCGAGAAUGGAGAGAUAUCGCGAUUAAAAUUCCUUCACUGUGGAAUUCCUUCCACAUCCUUAUUGUAUCAGAACCGACAUUGAGAUGCUGGGAAAAAGGCAUCGGUGGUUGGAUAGCUCGAUCGGGUGUCCUUCCGCUUUAUGUAUCGUUAUGCAUUAAGAAAAUCAGGCCAAUCUUGAUGAACGAAGCCUCAAUAUUGCAGACGUUGAUGAAGUUUAGCUCUAGGUUCAGAGAAGCUGUGUUCGAUCUCGAUGCACGUUUUUUCCCCAUGCUAGACCGUCAUUUUCCCUUAACUUUUCCGAUGUUGGAAAGCCUUUCCAUCAGUGUUCCGAACUCGAACUCUAGGGAUACCCUUACAGCAAUCCCUCUCGUGGGCCCUCCAUAUCUUGAACUGCCCAUGCUUCAGAGACUCAGUAUGAAUGGAUUCACCCGGCAAACACACACUCGUUCAAGUCGUGAAUGGGCCAACAUAACUGAACUCGUCUUGGAAUCUACACAUCCUCAUACUGGCCUGCCUCUUGACCAAAUACUGGGUAUUCUCGGUCAAACAACGAAAUUGAAGACAUGUCGUAUUUCCAUCAGUGAUUCAGCACAACAAAUGACGCCUGUUAACCUCCCUUCCCUUCAUUCUUUAUGGAUUCGUUUUGAUAAUACUGAUCAACCUUGGAAUGCAGAAAUUUCAUUCCGAAUCAUCAAAGAUUCAUUCCAUGCUCUCAAUUGUCCAUCACUGAAGGUACUUUCUGUCACUUGGCAGAAGACCUCGCUAAAACUCGACAUGGUUGACUAUUACUUGGCAUUCACUCACUUGUUAUGUUCAAUCCAUACCUUGAGAUUGGAGUUCCCAAUGACAUCUGAAGCUCUGAUCAAAUGUCUUGAGCUUGCCCAGAAUCUUGCUGUGCUUGAAAUAAUUGAUUGUGUCCAUCUCCUUCGGCCUUCUGCAUUGCCUGGGCGAAAUCAUUAUUACUACCAAUUUCAGGACUCUCUUCUCAGGAAACUCACCGAUACUAGCACUAGUGCACAUCUGUGUCCUGUGUUGUGCCCCCACCUGGAAACAUUACGAUAUGUUAUUCACCAAUCUUAUGAAGCUCCCGAUAUGUCUGGAUUGAAUGGUGUAUCAACUCUAGCGCUUCUUGAAUUUAUGGAAAGUAGGUGCAUCUCAAACAAUCAAAUUCGAAAGCUCAAAGUGUGCGAUGUCAUGAUGCCGCCGGAUGCUCAACCUACUGAUGUGGGUCUGCUUGAACGGCUCAGAAAGUUACAGGAUAGGAUGCGGGUCCGUGUUUUGUAUUCGGAGCUCCAAGGCAUGUACUACCUACCUGACGUGCUAAAUACUAAUAGUCAUCUCCUUUCAUUGGAUUUCUUCCCCCCUCUCCCUCAGUAUAUUUUGAACAAUUACACUCUUACUAACACCGAGGCAUAUGUGGAUAAUAUCGGGUGUUCUAGUUAACUUAGACAGUAUCAGUAAACAUAAUA